CAUUCAUUUACACUCACUCAGACGGCCCAAGAGCAUCCAGGCCAUGUGUGUCUGUGACCGCCCUCGCCCUCUCCCUCUCUCUCCCUGUCCCACCUCGCUCCCUCUUUCUAUGUCUGUUGGUUGGUCGGUCCACGUCAACGCAAACACACACGCGCCACGCCAAUUUCUAGCGGCCGUGACAUCGUUUCAGCCCAUCAACCAAUGCAAUCCAUCAAACCAAACGGACGGAAACAGCCUAGGCAUUCCUUCCCCAACCAUGGACUUAGACCACAUACCGACGGACAGACAGACAGACAGGCAGACAGACAGCCCAAGUUGCCCAACCGUGCAUGUCACACCUUGCUAUCCCUACUCCGUCUCAGGCAUCAUUUCACACACCACGUGCGCUGCUCUUGCCUGGUCUGUUGGCCGGGUCACGAUGUCUUCGAUGGUGAUGGUAGUGGUAAACCCGACGGGCACGCGUAUGCAUACGCUCCACGAGAGUGCUGCCCAGCAGGGUCUCGACACCCCGACCGUCUACCACUGCAAGCUCGAUAGAGAAGUCGCUGCAGGGCAUGCACACACAUCAAUGAUCGAUUUCGAAUUGGUUGAGACAAAACGACACGUUCUCCUCACCCUCAAAACCAGCGGCAGUGACCUGCGCCCAUCCUGCUGUCGAGAAACAAACUUUUCACACAUUUCACCACGACACUGAUGGGCAGGCACACAGAACACAAGACGCGCACUUGGAUCAACGGCUGUGCAUCAGUGAGUAUCGUUUUUCUCGCUAUAUCACUUGCUAUAUCAUUUCGUUACCACAAGUCGGGGCCGGCUUUCGUUACCAU